GCUACAAUAGGUUCCUCAUAAGUUAUUAAUAUAGUAAAAUACAAAGCACACCACGAAACCCUAUAGUGAAAAUGUUUAGCGAUUAACGGAGCUUCUAUCACUCUUAUUACCUAAUACGGAUCUGACCCAGAUAUCAGCAGCUGUCAGAAAGUGGUAGCGCUUAUCAGUUAUCACCAUAUUAUCAUCUUGCCGCCAAUCCUUUCCAAAAUUAUCGCUUUCGAUCCACACUUGAUUAGAGAAUAUAACAUCUAAAUAUUGUAAUAAUUAUAAUAUAAUAGUGUUAUUGUAAUGCCAUAAUUAAUUAUAAUUUUAUUAUUUGUCCUUCCGAUUCAUGUCGUUUACUUAAAAAUCGUCCGACCGCUGUUCGAUAACAUGUUAUAAAUAUUAUAUUAAAUUUUAUAAUAUAAUAUAAUAAAAUGUUGAACAUUAUUGUUUAAAAGUCGUCAUUUGAUCUCUGUACGGAUAGAAAACGAGUUACAUAGUAACUUCCAAACCAUUGUAAACGACUCACAAUUCUAUCGUCAUCGCUUGUGUUUUGUUGAUUAAGUGAAAUUUGUUUGAUUCAAUCAUGAAUGACAGUGGUGCCCAACGAGUGGUAGCGUUAGUGGACAUGGAUUGUUUCUACUGUCAAGUAGAGGUUCAACACGACCAGUCGUUGGCUGGAAAGCCGGUUGCAGUCGUUCAAUACAACAGUUGGAGAGGUGGAGGGAUAAUUGCAGUGAAUUAUGAGGCAAGGGCAAAGGGUGUAAACCGACAUAUGAGGGGAGAUGACGCUGUACUUACGUGUCCAGAUUUAAAUUUAGUACGUGUGAAGGAGCUGCACGGAAAAGCAGAUUUAUCGAAAUACCGUACAGCCAGUCAAAAAGUAUUUGAGGUUCUCAGUGACUUUAGUUCUUGUGUGCAAAGAGCUAGUAUUGAUGAAGCUUAUGUUGAUUUAACGAGUGUGAUAAACCUUCACAUUUCAACUAAUCAUAAUGUAAUAACUGAAAAUGACCUGCCCAAUACAUUUGUUGAAGGUUAUUCAGAUGAUAACUCAAAAGAAGAUAAAAGUGUGAAUUUAAAAUCUUGGCUCCACGAUGUAUACAAUAAUGAGUUACAAGAUGACCAUUUACUUCGCUUGACAAUUGGUGCUAUGAUGGUUGAAAAAUUAAGAAAAUCAAUUUUUGAACAAACUGGUUUUCGUUGUUCAGCUGGAAUUGCAAAUAACAAGAUUUUAUCUAAGCUUGCGUGUGGCUUACACAAACCUAAUCAACAAACACUGUUACCACCGUCUAGUGUACCUAAUUUGUUUAAAACUAUACCAAUAAAAAAAAUAAAAAAUUUAGGAGGUAAACUGGGAGAAAGAAUAAGGCAAGAAUUUAACUGCGAAUUCAUGUCUGAUUUAGCUGCAAUACCCCUUAAUGAUUUACAACAAAAAUUUAAUGACAGAACAUGUAACUUUUUGUAUCAAAUCUCCAAAGGUAUAGAUAAUGAGCCUGUGGAAUCUAGACUUAUACCCAAAUCAAUUGGCAGCUGUAAGUCAUUCCCUACAGGGCUAAAAGUCAAAGAAGAAAUAAAACAGUGGUUGAACACAUUGAUGAAUGAUAUUGUAGAUAAACUUAAAGAUGAUUAUGAAGCUAAUAAAAGAAGAGCAACAUUGAUGACCGUCAGUGUUAGAUACUUAGAUAAAAAAACAAAAUUGCCGACAUCACAGUGUUCUGAAGUUACUACAUAUAAUCAUAACAAACUAUUGGAUGCUGCAUAUUCAUCAUUAUGUACCAUGACUGAAAAUCAAAAGUCUUUACAUUGGAAAAAUCCGAUAUCUUUUUUAGGUGUAGCUAUUGGAAAAUUUGUAGAAAUUAAUGCCAAAUCAUCAAUAGACAAUUAUUUCAAUAAGGGAACUGCCAAAGAAGUGAAAGAUAUAAAUAUUCAAUUGAUUACACAAGAAAACAGUGCGACUUGCUCUAAUAUCAAUAGUGAUAGUUCUACACUAAUUAAUGUAGAACAAUUUAAUUCUAAAACAAGUGCACCACUUUCAAAUCAACCUUUGCUAUCAUUAAAUCACCCUAAUGAAAAAAAGAACAAAACAUGUACUAGUGAUGCAAAGAAUUUAAAAACUAUGUUUGCUCAAAUAAAAAAUUCUGCUAGUUCCUUAACUUCUUCAACAUUACAAAAUUUGAAUUCUAAAAAAGAAAUUAAAAAUCACUAUAAGCUUGACAUGAACAGUUUUUUUACCAAAAAACUGGAAAUUAUCUCUCCAGUUAAAAAUCAAGUAAAUGUGAAAUUGACAACAGCCGAUCAAUCUUCCUCAGCAAGUUCAGUAGGAAUUUUAAUGGAAAGCUCUGAUGUAAUUUCUCCUUCUAAAAGUAUGAAUGAUAACCAUAACAGAAUAACUGAACCAGAAGAUAGUUUUUUCACAAGAAAACUGGAAAUUGUAUCGCCUUCGAAACACCAAGAAACUGAUGAUGCAAGAAUAGAGUCAGUACCAGUCGUUCAAUCUUUCAUUGUUGAAGAUACUAUUGCAUGUGCUCCUAUAACAUUAUUAUGCGAAAGGUGUGAUAAAAUGAUUGAUAUUGAUACAUACGAUGAGCACAUAGAUCAUCACGUAGCAUUGGAAUUGAGUGAAAGUUUGAAUGUUAUUAACCCUGUACAGCCAUUAAAUAAUAGAAUACUCAAAAGUAAACCAACAAAAAAGAAAAAAAAUGAAGGUGGUCUAAAACGUAAACAAAAUUCAAAAGCUUCAAGUUCAAAUCCCAAAAAACCAUGCACAAGUAUUUCAUCAUACUUCAAACCACUUUUAAACCCUUAAUUAUAUCUUGUAACCUAUUAUAAUUUAAUGCAUUUUAUUUUAAAACAAAAAUGAUUGAUAUUUUUUUAUUUUCGUACUUAUUUUGUAACACAUAGUUUAGUGAAAAAACAAAUGUACUUCUAUGUAUUUUAUUCAAAGAAUAUUUUUAUGUAAAAAUGAUUAAAUUAACAAUCAUAUAGAAUAUAUUGUAAUUUUACUUUAA